CUGACACUGAGAGGAGAAAUGGCACAGAAAGGAGUUCAGCUGGACUGAGAAACCUUCUCUUGUUCCAUCUGUUUGGAUCUACUGAAGGAUCCAGUGAACAUUUGACCUGAUAUGAAAGAUCUGCCAGCUCAGGGAUUGAUGUAAUCACUGAACGUCAAAGAACACACUGCAAAAUUCCAACCGCAGCAACUCUGCAUGUUAAAGUGAAAAAAAAAAGGAACUUGAGUUUGAUGCAACUGUGACGCUUUUGUUUGCUGUGGAGGAAACUUUUCAGUCUUUCACUGCUGCUGAGAGGAGAAAUGGCUCAGAGAGGAAAUCAGCUGAAUUCAGAGAAAUUCUCUUGUUCCAUCUGUUUGGAUCUACUGAAGGAACCGGUGGCUCUUCCCUGUGGACACAGCUACUGCAUGAACUGUAUUAAAAGCUUCUGGGAUGAAGAGGAGGAGAAAAAGAAAAUCCACAGCUGCCCUCAGUGCAGGAAGACUUUCACACCGAGGCCUGUCCUGGAGAAAAACAUCAUGUUAGCUGAGUUAGUGGAGGAGCUGAAGAAGACUGGACUCCAUGCUGCUCCAGCUGAUCACUGCUAUGCUGGACCUGAAGAUGUGGCCUGUGAUGUCUGCACUGGGAGGAACCAUAAAGGCCAUGAAACAGUCCCAGCUGCAGCAGAAAGGACUGAGAAGCAGAAGGAGCUCGAGGUGAGACGACUAAACAUCCAGCAGAGAAUCCAGGACCGAGAGAAAGAUGUGAAGCUGCUUCAACAGGAGGUGGAGGCCAUCAAUGGCUCCGCUGAUAAAGCAGUGGAGGACAGUGAGAAGAUGUUGACUGAGCUGAUCCGUCUGAUCCAGAAAAGAAGCUCUGAUGUGAAGCAGCAGGUCAGAUCCCAGCAGGAAACUGAAGUGAGUCGAGUCAAAGAGCUUCAGGAGAAGCUGGAGCAGGAGAUCGCUGAGCUGAAGAGGAAAGACGCCGAGCUGGAGCAGCUCUCACACACAGAGGAUCACAACCAGUUUCUACACAACUACCCCUCACUGUCAGCACUCAGUGAGUCUACACACUCAUCCAGCAUCAAUAUUGGUCCUCUGAGGUACUUUGAGGAUGUGACAGCAGCUGUGUCAGAGACCAGAGAUAAACUACAGGACAUCCUGAGAGAGGAAUGGACAAACAUCUCACUGACAGUCACUGAAGAGGAUGUUUUACUGUCACCAUCAGAGCCAAAGACCAGAGCUGGAUUCUUAAAAUAUUCACAUGAAAUCACACUGGAUCCAAACACAGCACACACAUAUCUGUUAUUAUCUGAGGGGAACAGAAAAGCAACAUUAAUGAAACAACAACAGUCUUAUUCUCAUCAUUCAGACAGAUUCACUGUAUGGUGUCAGGUCCUGAGUAGAGAGAGUCUGACUGGACGUUGUUACUGGGAGGUGGAGUGGAGAGGGAGAGGAGUUUGUGUAGCAGUCGCAUACAAGAAUAUCAGCAGAGCAGGGCGCCUCAAUGAAUGUGGACUUGGAUGGAAUGAUAAAUCUUGGGCAUUAUAUUGUGACAGAAACAGUUUUCAAUUUUGGCACAACGAUGUCCAAACUGUCCUCUCAGGUCCUCAGUCCUCCAGAGUAGGAGUGUACCUGGAUCACAGAGCAGGUAUUCUGUCUUUCUACAGCGUCUCUGAAACCAUGACUCUCCUCCACAGAGUCCAGACCACAUUCACUCAGCCGCUCUAUGCUGGACUUCGGCUUGGUUUCACUGAUGGAGACACUGCAGAGUUGAUUAAAGUCAGAUAGACAGAGAAGAUAGGUUCAUGUUGAUCCUGACCAUUAUAUGUACUUGUGUAGUUUCUAAAUGAGGCUUUACAUUUUAGAAGCUGAGAAGUUCAGUGGUCCAUUGAUGUCUGAAAAUAAUAUUGCACUGAUUCAAACUGUACUUACAUUUAUAUACCUUACAUCAAUAUAAAUCUGGAUCUGUUCUUAUGGCUGAUAAUCAUGUGAGUUUCAAUUAUACUACUCUUCAUAUUCAGCAUGUUUUCAGUCUUGAAUCAGUCUGGUUAGUGGUUUUAUUCUGUAGUUGCUGUAGUGGGUUGUCAAAUGCAAAGAAUCCAUUGGAGCUGCAGUGAUUCAUCAGUUAGUCGAUGAUUAGAGAACUGAUUGUUUUAUCAUUAUUUUAAUCAUAUUUAAAACUGCUUCCAGUUUCUGAAAUGUGAAGAUUGUUGAUUUUCUUGAUCAUAUAUGAAAGUAAACUUAAUGUCUUUGAGGUUUGAACUUGGAACAAAAAUUUGAAUCUUUGAGCUGUUUGAGAUUAUAAUGGACAUUUUAACUAUGAUCUGAUGCUUAUUGUAUAAACCAAUGAUUGAUCUAGAGUGAUGUCAUUUUUCAGAUGAAAAGUUUGAUCACAGUCAAUCAUUUAUACAUUUAAAUCUAAAAACUAAAUGGUACAGGCCUGUAUGUUUUGUGGAGGAGAGACAUGUUUAUUUGCCCUGAGCUGUGUCUGGCAGGCAGAGCAUCUCCAAACUCCACCAAUCUAAUGGUUCUGUUUUGGUUUAUCUGCUGGAUGUUUCUGGAAGUUUAAUGUCCUUUAAACAGUUUCAUCUGUUUCUGUUCAGCAGCCGCUCAUUCAGUCAGAGUGGGUGGAGUUUGAACAGUUUCUUCACCUGCUGUAAACGACUCAUGUCUGAUCUGCUUCAAUUAAACUAAAUGUUAAA